AUGAAAUUUUUAUGGUUAUACAUUUAUUUAACGUGUAUUAUUCAACAAUAUUAUGCAGCUAAUAUUAUGGAUAAUGUUAUUUUUGCUGUUAAUUGUGGUGGAGAUGCGCAUACAGAUAUUAAUGGUAUAAGAUAUCGUAAAGAUUAUUUAAAAUUAGGUAUAAGUUCAGAUUAUGGACGUAAUUUAAAUAUAAAUCGAGUAUCAAAAGAAGAUAUGAUACUUUAUCAAACUGAACGUUAUGAUUUACAAAAAUUUUCAUAUGAAAUUGAUUUAAUUGAUGAUGGUGAUUAUGUAAUUUGGAUGAAAUUUGCUGAAGUUUGGUUUAAUGGACCAAAUAUGAAGGUAUUUCAAAUUAUUCUUAACGAUGAACAUUCAAUUAUUGAUGAAUUAGAUAUAUUUUCUAAAGCUGGUCGUGCAACAGCACAUGAUGAAUAUAUUCUAUUUCAAAUAAAAAAUGGUCGUCUUGUUGUUAAUGGUCGUAGUUCAUCGUAUUCAGGACAAUUAAAAGUUACAUUUCAACGUAUUGAUCAUCGAGAUAAUCCAAAACUUAAUGCACUUAUUAUUUGGCGAGGUUCAAUUGAUCAAAUUCCUAAAUUACUACCAAUACCUGAAAUGGAAUUUCCUGAUGAACCAUUAGAUGUUGAAGAAGAUGAUGAAGUACCUGCUAAACCAACAAACGUAAAACGUAAUGUCAAAAAAAGUGGACCAAAAGUUAUUGAUCCAUAUCUUGAGGAUCAAUCAAGUUCAUUAAUACCAUUAUUAAUAGCAUUAGCUGCUGUUAUACCAAUUAUUCUUUGUCUCUGUCGUCUAUAA